AGGCUCCCUUGGCUCUGAGCGAAGAGCAGCGCGGCUGUCCGCACGCGCCAUCACAAUUUUCCCACUGUCGGACUCCGCGAACUUUGCAACGAUAUUGUCAUUGCUGUAUAAAGUACAGUUUGAAUUAUUUAGUUCUUCAAUAAUUGUGUGUUAACGGUGAAAAAGUGAGAUUUUUAUCAGCGAGGAAGUUGACGCCACAUCGCAGGCUGUUUGAGGUGCGGUGCACAUUCGAGAAAAUUAUGCAGUUGAGAACAACUACAAGAAUACAAAGCACAUUUCAAACAGCGUCAUCUAAUUUUUUAAACCGCCAGUUUUUGAAAGCCAAACGCAACUUUACAUAAUGGAAGAUAAUAGAUUUGUCGUUUCAACCGUGGAGGGGGAAUGUAAGAAGAAUGGUAUCCACAUGGGAGCUAAUAUCAUAUCUCGUCCACUACGGUCUUCCUUGGAGACUGUCGAGCGAGGAGUUACCAACGCGCAGCCGGACACCUGGCUCCACGAUGCCGGCUGGAGGAGAAAACGCUCUCUGGCACAGCUGACAAGGGAAGCGCUCCCCAGAAUGGAAAACUACAGAAAUUCGAAGAGAGCCCUGAAAAGACCUAGUUUAGGUGAACUACACGGUGACCACCUAAUAACUGAAGAGGAAGAGAAAACGCAGAAUCCGAGAGACACAAAAUCACCGACACCAGCCGGUGGAAUCAAAUUAGGAUGGAUACAAGGUGUGUUGAUACCAUGUCUCCUGAACAUCUGGGGCGUGAUGCUGUUCCUCCGUAUCUCGUGGGUGGUGUCGCAGGCCGGCAUUGGCUGGUCCCUGGUCAUCAUUGCACUAUCAGCUGUUGUGUGCGUCAUCACCACGCUAUCUAUGAGCGCAAUUUGCACCAAUGGAGAAGUAAAAGGAGGCGGCAUUUACUACAUAAUAUCAAGAUCUCUCGGCCCAGAAUUCGGGGCUUCUGUGGGCAUAAUAUUUGCUUUUGCCAACGCCGUGGCCGCGAGCAUGAACACCAUCGGUUUCUGUGACUCCAUGAACCACCUCCUCAAGAGCUUAGACCUGCAAAUAAUCGACAACAGCUACAACGACGUGAGGAUCAUCGGCGCCAUAGCCUUAUUCGUGAUGUGCGUCAUCUGCGCUGUCGGAAUGGACUGGGAGAGUAAAGCGCAGAAUUUCUUGAUCGCGAUUAUAGUGGGCGCAAUCGUCGACUUCGUUGUUGGUGCGGUCAUGGGUCCGAAGAGUAACUUGGAGGUUGCAGAAGGAUUUGUCGGCUUAAGUACAUCAACGUUCGUAGAAAACUUCAAUUCUGACUUCAAAUACAGUGAGGGCAUGGAGCAGAACUUCUUCAGUGUCUUCGCCAUAUUCUUUCCAUCCGUGACCGGAAUACAGGCAGGCGCGAAUAUAUCUGGCGAUCUGAAGGACCCCGCAUCCGCCAUACCAAAAGGCACGUUAUUAGCGCUCCUAAUAUCUAUGGUGAGCUACGCUAUGAUGGUUUUAUUCACCGGAGCCGCAGCCCUCCGUGACGCGAGCGGAAAUAUCACUGACCUGGUCAUCAGCAACGGCACAGUUACAAAUUACAGUGCGGUCAGUCAGUGUGCUAACAGCACAUUAUUCCCUUGCAAAUAUGGGAUGCACGUUGAUUUCGAGAUCAUGCAACUGAUGUCGGCGUGGGGCCCCUUCAUCUACGCGGGCUGCUGGGCGGCGACUCUGUCCACGGCGCUCACCAACCUGCUGUCGGUGCCGCGACUCAUCCAGGCGCUCGGCGUCGACCGCAUCUACCCAGGACUCAUCUUCUUCUCGAAACCGUACGGACGACACGGAGAAGCCUACAGAGGAUACGUGCUCACCUUCUUAGUGUCCUUACUGUUUCUACUUAUUGCGAAAUUAAAUGCGAUCGCGCCAUUGAUCUCCAAUUUCUACCUGGCAUCAUAUGCGCUGAUAAACUUUUGCACGUUUCACGCGGCGCUGGUGCGGCCUCUUGGCUGGCGACCUACAUUCAAAUACUACAAUGUUUGGGUGUCCCUGGCCGGUUUCCUGAUGUGUGUCGGGAUCAUGUUGCUCAUCAGCUGGAUCAUGUCGCUCGUGACCAUUGCAAUAUUCUUCACGCUGUAUCUCAUCGUGCACUACCGUAAUCCCGAUGUGAACUGGGGCAGUAGCACGCAAGCUCAGAUGUACAAGACGGCGUUGUCCAGUGCCCACAACCUGGCCCGCACUGGGGAGCACGUGAAGAACUACUGGCCGCAACUGCUGGUGCUGGGGGGACGCGCCCACGCUCGUCCGCCGCUCGUAGACCUGGGUAGCCUCAUCACCAAAGCCGGCUCUCUUAUGAUCAUUGGAGAUAUUUCGAAGGAAAAACUGUCAUACAAGGUGUGCUCAGCGCGAGCUCGUGCAGAUAACGAAUGGCUGCAAGAGAGGAAAGUGCGCGCCUUCUGUUCGCUAGUGCACGGAUUCAACUUUGAACAAGGAGCACGAGCCCUGAUACAGGCGACCGGCGUCGGCAAACUGGCGCCCAACGUGUUACUCAUGGGCUACAAGUCAGAUUGGACAACAGCUUCGGCCGAAGACCUCGUUGCUUAUUUCAAUGUGUUACACACGGCGUUCGAGAACCGUCUGGCCGUCGCUAUAGUCCGUGUGCGCGGCGGGCUGGACUACGGCGCGGCGGGGGGUGGGGAAGAGGGCGCGGGGUCGCUGACCGUCACGUCGAGCGGUUCGGGCGAGCUACACGUGCGCCGCUCAGACGCGCUCAUCAUGCACGCGGACUCAGACCUCGACAUCCACACCGACUCCUCCGCCAAGAACAAUCUUUCCAAUAUUUUAACACUGUCCACUUCGCGAUCGUUCACAAUAACUGAUGCCAAAGACAUAAAAGAUAAGAAAAAGAAAGACAAAAGGCCCACCGACAUGCAUCGUCAGAUCAUCUACAACGCGGCGAACGGAAUUGAACUGUCUAAAGAUCAAUUAACUCAGAUGUCAAUAUUUAAACGGAAACAGGAAUCCGGGACGGUGGACGUGUGGUGGCUAUACGACGACGGCGGCCUCACAAUCCUGCUCCCGUACAUCAUCUCGCAACGAUCCGCCUGGGGGAACUGCAAACUUCGUAUAUUCGCACUCGCUAACCGACUCAACGAAAUGGAGCUCGAAGAAAGAAAUAUGGCCAAUUUACUGUCGAAGUUCCGGAUUGACUAUUCGUCGUUGACAAUGGUCCAAGACAUAACGGAACCUCCGCAAGCAGAGACCAAAGCGCUCUUCGAUGAGACCAUAAAGAAAUUUACAAGUGAUUCUGCUGCCCCAGAGUGUCGUAUUAGCGAGACGGAGUUGACGACGCUAUCCGGUAAGACGAAUAGGCAGCUGCGACUGAGGGAGCUUUUACUCGCCAACUCAAGGGACUCGAGGCUCAUCGUUAUGUCGCUACCCAUGCCCAGAAAGGGCUCCGUGUCAGCGCCGCUGUACAUGGCGUGGCUAGAGAUGAUGAGUCGUGACCUGCCGCCGAUGCUCUUCGUACGAGGGAACCACACUUCAGUGCUCACGUUCUAUUCUUGAUUUCAAUUUGUUAUAAUUUAAACACAUGUUUGUUUUUGCUGUUAUAUUCCAAUAUGGCGACCGUCAAUUGAACAACGAGCAUGAAGAGCGGAAUUAUUUUGGCAUCAUACGAUUAUUGUUAGUUAAAUAAUUAGAUGAAUUAAAAAUGUAAAAGUAGUCGAAA